AUGGCUUCUAAACAAGGUGAAGAAAAGAAACCAGCCGAGAACGCAUUUGUGUAAGUGCUUGUUAUAAUAAGUAAAAUAUUAUGUUUAAUGCUUUUUAAUACGAUACAAAGUGGCAUGGCAAGCAUAGGUUUAAAUGUGCAAUAAUUGUUCACGGUAAAUUAUGGCCAAUCAUUUCAAACAUAAAUAUAUGUUUAUAUAUUAGUAUUAAAAUGCAGUAAAAUAUAGUAAAAACCACGAAAAUCUACGAACCAGUGAAUUAAUUUUUAGUAGUGGGUACUUGAUCAUUUUAUUUGCCUGCAAAUCAAAUAUCACCUCAUCAAGCAACUAUGAUAUUAUAAUAAUUAUCAAUUAAAAUACUAACUUAUUAAUAAUAUUUCAGACCUACACCUCGACCAGGCGGUUACAUAAAAAUAAAAUUAGAUGUUAAAGAAAAGAAAAAAAAAGUACUCCAAUUUGAUCAAUACCAAAAUAUUACUAGUCGAGUGGAGGAUAUGGAAAAACAAAAGUAUAGAACAGAGAAGACCGUUGCUAAAAUUCCAAUACCGCCUAAGAUUACACCUAUUAGAAAUUUAAAUUUACCCAAAAUUUCACAAGAAUCUCUAUUCGAUAAAUAUCUAGUCGAAAAUGACGAAAAUGGUAAGUAUGAUAAUUAAUUAAGUAUACAUUCGAAUCGUGUCUGAAAUAUUAUUUUGAUCGAAUUGUGUCCGUGGUUUAUUUUUGGCAGAUCAAAUUGUUUGUUUUGUCGUCUAAUAAUUUCAAUAUGAUUUUUUUAUUACCUUAAGAUUCUGAGCAGAACGUAAUAUAGUUCUUUUUUUAUAAGUAUUUUAAAUUUAAACUGAUGAAAAUCGGAAAAAAACAUUUUAUUCCAAACAUGUUUAACCGAACUUUGCUCGUAUUUGGUCCGAUUUCUAUUAAACUUGCUACCUAACUUAUAAACUUGUUCACGGGACCUUCCCCUGAGUUCGGAUCUUGUGUAUUCAUAUAUUUUAUCGUUUACAUCAUUACAUUUAUUAUUAUUAUUUUUAUUUUAAUUUUAUUUUAGUUAACUUUUUCCGUAAAUUCUAAAAUAAAUAUAAUACAUUAAUAUAUACAAUAUCAUAUGUAUAGACAAUCACGGUGAAUAUGAAAGAUGGUUAGACGAAACUGCACCGGCGAAUAAUAACAAUCUAAUGGACAAUCUAGAAGAAGCUAUUAAUCUGAUUGUAAAGUUAGCAUCCAAUCCGGAUGCGCCUACUAAAGAUUUUGAUGAAAUGCAAGCUAUUUCAGUUAUACAAUUUCUACGUACAAUUAAAACACCGUCUGGUCAGUACGAGCCGAAUAAUUCGAGAUUGAUGGAUUAUAUUGACAGUAAAGGAGUCGAUUUCCAUAAAAAUUAA